AUGAACUUCAAGAACCUUUUCCUGUCUUUCUUCUUCGUCCUGGCGGUUGGACUUGCUCUUGUCCACGCCGAAGAAGCUCAGCCCCGGGGUCCCAAGAUCACCAGUAAGGUGUUCUUUGAUAUCGAGCACGGAGACAAGCCUCUGGGCAGAGUCGUGCUUGGCUUGUAUGGCAAGACUGUCCCUAAGACCGCUGAGAACUUCCGUGCUCUCGCUACUGGUGAGAAGGGGUUUGGCUAUGAAGGAUCUACCUUCCACCGUGUCAUCAAGGACUUCAUGAUCCAGGGUGGUGACUUCACUCGUGGCGAUGGUACCGGUGGGAAGUCUAUCUACGGUGAGAAGUUCGCCGAUGAGAACUUCAAGCUGAGGCACACGCGCAAGGGUCUGCUGAGCAUGGCCAACGCCGGCAAGGACACCAACGGCUCCCAGUUCUUCAUCACCACUGUUCCUACCCCUUGGCUUGAUGGCCGCCACGUUGUCUUCGGCGAAGUGCUCGAGGGCUACGAGAUUAUCGCUCAGAUCGAGAACGUGCCCAAGGGCCGUUCUGACAGACCCGUGGAAACUGUCAAGAUCGUCAAGAGCGGAGAGCUGGAGUCCGAGGACAAGGCCGAAGAAAAAGAAACGAGCUCUGAAGAAGAGUCACAACCUUCAGCAAUUGCUGUUGUUCCUUCUCCAACCCCUUUGUCUAUGACAUCUGAUAACGCUCCUUAUAUCUUUCCGAAAUUCGCAGCGCUUGCCAUUGUUGUCGGUCUCUUGGUCGUCCUGGUCCGACGCAGCUUUAAGGGAGAACAGGAGAAGGCUGAGAGGAGCAUUGUUUAG